CACACCUAUGAGCUUAGAUCUAGAGCAACAGACAGUACGUACGUGACUUACGUGCAGGAGCGAACUAGGGAAAGCCGCCAUGGCUCGCCGUGCUGUCCCGAGAUCCGAGGCUGUAAAGCUCACACGGUACAAACAUGCCUGCCACGCGAUGUUUCACGCUCCUAACGAGGACAAAUUGUUCGGGAGAAUUCCAGUGCGACACACUGUUUUGAUGCAGAUGCGGUUUGAUGGGCGUCUGGGUUUUCCUGGAGGAUUUGUGAACCUGGAGGAAGGUUUGGAGGCAGGACUGAACCGAGAGCUGGAGGAAGAGAUGGGUUUGGAUGUGAGACUUUGUGGGAUUACGGAGGGAGACUGGGCAGUGACUGAAGUACACGAUGAACAAAAUUUUGUCAGUCAUUUUUACAUAAAAAAGGUAACACCGGAGCAAAUCAGACAGAUUGAGACUGCUGCAACCACAGCAAAGGAUCAUGGUUUGGAGUCUCUGGGACUGGUGCGAGUUCCAGUCUACACUCUGCCGAGAGACAAGGUGGGGGGACUGCCCGCUUUCCUGUCCAACACCUUCAUAGGGACAGCCAGGGAGGAGCUACUGAUGGGGCUGGAGCAGGAGGGCAUCCUCUCCCACUCUGAGAUACACAAGGCACUGAAAGCCAGCGGUGCCACACGACAUUAGCCAGGAGAUGCCUCAAAUGGGGGAGCUAAGAGUUGUCUUCAAUUAAGUUCAAACUUGAACUUGCUGCAGCUGGAGUAGCCCCUCCACAUUUUAAUUCCAUAACAUAUUGUGUAGCUGACUAUCUUCUAUUAAAAAGUACCAGCACUUUAUGGGUAGGUAUAGACAGAUUGGAAGGAGAAAGUGGACCUGGUCCGGGCAAGUAGCCUGCGACGAUGAUGAUGAUAGACAGAUCAAGUUCAAUUUAUUGCUGGCUCAUGAUUCUCUAAUGCUAUGUGAAGAAACAGUAUUAUAGCUCGUUAUAUUUGUAUGUCUUGUGUAACAACUACUUGUAGAACAGUAUUUGUCCAGAAAAUAAUGAUAAAUGUAACUAAAAGACACUGGCCUUGUAGCCCCAGUUGACAAGAAAUUGUGUAACUAAAGCAUAAAAACAUGUAACAAAUCACAAUACACAGAUGUAUCAUGUAUGUACUAGUAUGUCAUAGAUACCAUAUGUGCAAAAGAGCCAUACAGUUCUAGCUCUUUUUUUAAAGAUUUUUACUGAACUUUAUUCCAUGUACAAAAUAUAGAUUACACAUCACACAAACUCCUCAUGAGACAAAUAAACAUGAAAAGCACUUGAA